CUUCCCCGGGGCGCGACGGUUGCCGCCACCCUCCCGGACGUUCUCGCCCGCUCCAGCCGCCGGCUCCCGCCUCUCCGGGCCCCAACAUGGCGCCUGUCGGCCUGCUCCGCUUCGGGCCGCGGCUCCGCGCCUCCGCGCGCGGCCUCCCCGGCCCCCGGGCCCAGGGAUGGGGUUGCUACUUUUCCACCAGCACACGUCGCCACACCAAGUUUUACACAGAUGCCGUGGAGGCUGUGAAAGACAUCCCGGACGGCGCCAAGAUCCUGGUUGGCGGUUUCGGGUUAUGCGGAAUUCCGGAGAACCUGAUCGGAGCUCUGCUGAAGACUGGGGUCCGAGGGCUCACGGCGGUCAGCAACAACGCGGGGGUCGACAACUUCGGCCUGGGCCUGCUCCUCCAGACGAAGCAGAUAAAGCGCAUGGUCUCCUCGUACGUGGGAGAAAAUGCGGAAUUUGAGCGGCAGUACUUGUCUGGUGAACUGGAAGUGGAGCUCACACCUCAGGGCACGCUCGCAGAGAGGAUUCGCGCCGGCGGGGCCGGGGUGCCUGCGUUUUACACCAGCACCGGCUACGGGACCCUGGUGCAGGAAGGAGGCGCGCCCAUCAAGUACAACAAGGACGGCAGCGUGGCCAUCGCCAGCAAACCCAGAGAGGUGAGAGAGUUCAACGGCCAGCACUUCAUUCUGGAGGAAGCGAUCACAGGGGACUUUGCCCUAGUGAAAGCCUGGAAGGCGGACCGUGCAGGGAACGUAAUCUUCAGGAAAAGCGCGCGGAAUUUCAACUUGCCCAUGUGCAAAGCUGCGCAGACCACGGUGGUAGAGGUUGAGGAAAUCGUGGACGUCGGGUCAUUCGCCGCAGAGGACAUCCACAUCCCCAAGAUCUACGUCCAUCGCCUUAUAAAGGGAGAGAACUACGAGAAGAGAAUUGAGCGCAUGUCGAUCCGGAAAGAGGGAGACGUAAAAACCAAGUCCGGGAAGCCGGGAGAUAACGUGCGGGAGCGCAUCAUCAGGCGGGCCGCUCUGGAAUUUGAGGACGGCAUGUACGCCAAUUUGGGCAUAGGAAUCCCACUGCUGGCCAGCAACUUCAUCAGCCCAAACAUGACUGUUCACCUGCAAAGCGAAAAUGGAAUCCUGGGUUUGGGCCCAUACCCAUUACAAAGUGAAGUCGACGCGGACCUAAUCAAUGCAGGCAAGGAAACAGUGACUGUUCUUCCAGGAGCCUCUUACUUCUCCAGCGAUGAGUCAUUUGCGAUGAUUAGAGGGGGACACGUCAACCUGACGAUGCUGGGAGCGAUGCAGGUGUCCAAAUACGGCGACCUGGCCAACUGGAUGAUCCCCGGGAAGAUGGUGAAAGGAAUGGGAGGUGCUAUGGACCUGGUGUCCAGUGCCAAAACCAAAGUGGUGGUCACCAUGGAGCACUCUGCAAAGGGAAAUGCACAUAAAAUCAUGGAGAAAUGUACCUUGCCACUAACUGGAAAACAGUGUGUCAACCGCAUCAUCACGGAAAAGGCUGUGUUCGACGUGGACAGCAAGAAAGGGCUGACCCUCAUCGAACUCUGGGAAGGCCUGACGGUGGACGACAUAAAGAAGAGCACCGGGUGUGACUUUGCGGUUUCACCAAAGCUCCAGCCGAUGCAGCAGAUCACAGCCUGAAGUGUGGAGAAGACGUUUUGUCCACAGCUGCGUGUGUGUUUUUCAUUUUAACCAGCUAGGGUUUCACGGAAAGGCCGUCAGUAACCCCAUUUGUAUAUGGAACACGCAGUUUUUGACUAGAUUUUUUUUUUAGCAUUUUACACUUUAUGCAGCCUGUUCUCUCAAGCGUGCUAUGACAUUUUACUGAAAAACAAAAAAGAAAAAAAUAUGAUUAUCUUAUUUGUUGUAUAAGUGCUGAGAAGGAUGUCUUGACAAUUGGUGCUCACAUUGGAUUUUCCUCCACCUUCUGUGGUACCUGCGCGGCGCUGCGUGUGGUUGGUAUCAAGAUGGGCCCGCAGGAAGAGUUUCCUUGAUGCACUUUCCCUCCGAACGAGGUGGUGAAGAGAAGAACGAGGGGAAGAGUGUCUCCCCCCAGGGACUCCCCGGGCAGCCCCCUGCUGGCCCUGAAAGACAACUGUGUGGGACUUCUGAUUAGGAGUGCUGUUUUCCCUUCGGCCUCCUCCGACUUUUCUUUGGGAGCCCCUGGUUGCCUGCCUGCACCGUCGCCCUAGGGCACCCCUGUCCCUCCCACCCCUUCUGUCACCACCCAGACGCCUGCGGAGGGAAGCGGGAGCAGCACUGUGUCGGGGAAGGUAACGCGUUCGUUUGCAGGAAAGACUGACGGUGCAGGGCGCGUAGGUGCUGAUUGACGUCCUACCGAAGGUCGCCCUUACUACUCAGCCCGCCCGCCCGCCAGCCGUCUGCACUUUGCCGAGUCCCCGCGGAUCCGGCCGGUGCCCGCAUUUUGGAUCAGCGCAGUAUCCGUGCGCACCCAGCCGGUCCCGCACAGCCUUUCUCUGUGUUCCCGAGGGCCGUGGGCUGCGUGAACCACACCUGCUCUUACGCCAGGAGGGCCGUGGGAUAGUUUAUCAGGAGUCCGUAGUCGCAGUGAACACACAGGGCUUUUUUCUUUCUUUUUUUAAAAAAAAAAAAUUCUUUUCAAGCCUCUUGUGGUCAGAAAAGUUUCUAAAUAUUGAAUGCCUUUUUCUACAGAACAGUGUCCUUUCUUCUGACCAGGCUACUUCCUCGAACAAAGCAUUUUUAAUUCCACGCUGCUCAAAUAGGCCACCUAAGGGAUGAGCAAACCCGGGAUUUGAAGAGCGGUGAGCGCAUUUUCAUCGGUAGAAAGGAAACAUUGUGGAUUCGGUUUUGUAAGGAACUUUUUCUCAGAGGUGUCCUCCGUACCCAGCAUGUCCCCGGGGUGACCACGCGUCCUGGCUGCCAAACGGGCGUCGAGCCCAGGCACCUGCGGACGGGCCAGGCCCGGUCUCCGGGCGCGCCGCCCCCGCACCAGGCGCAGGAACAGAACGUGUGCACGUCUUCCGGUGACAGUUGUCCCCGCUGCUCGCGUUCUCUUCCAAUGCAGCCCCCGUGGGUCACUCAAGGUAGCAGAGGGAGGAGAGAGGCUUGUGUUUUGUUUUGUUUUGUUUUGAGAAGCACACUCCCUAUAUAAAAUAGUCUGUUCCCCUGGCUUCACGUUUGAAAGCAUACUCUUCCCAGUACGGUACAAUGGGCUUUUUGGGGGGCUCGGUGGGGUCUAGAGAAUGAUCUGUAUCUGUGCCAGAGUUAUAAUUGGGGAAAACGUGUGUCCCUGAUGGUUGCUCUAUUUGUAAACUUGCUUAUUAUUCCAGCCUGUUACUUUAAGAUAAUGUGUUUCUAAGAGUGUUCCCAGCUUUGGCAAAACCUAAGUAGAAGAUGUUAUAUUCUUGAUUAAAGAGUGCCGUGGAUGAGUAAGAAAUGCAAUAAAUAUU